GGUACACAGCGGACGCGACCCUGAGCAAGCGUGUGGCACCACUUUCUCUCGAGGACAAUGACGCCCUCAAACACGAGGACAUACUAAGGGUGGAUGCUAAGUCACCCAUUGUCGCUUCUGAGACUGGUGAGUAUGACGCCUGCCUGAAACGUGUGGUCUUCCCGUGAUGUUUCAUCUUCCAGUCGCGGCGAAGGCGAAGGGUCAUUUCUUGCAGAAACGUCAUACCCUGCCUCUUCGCAAGCCGCCUACGCCCGUCGCUCGGACCGACCCAUAUCAGGCUCCUUACUUCUUCCCCUUCCCUGGCUCCCCCCAGGCCGAGCGCUAUGUUCGGCAAGUGCGAGACGAGCGCAGGGGUGCUGCAUCCGCGAACAGGCAGUCGUUUGAGCAACGCCGGGCAUCAGCGCGCACAGAGCGCUCAUCUCCACCGCGCAAGGCGUCAGAGGAUUCGCAAGCUCCGAGCAAGGCGUGCGAAGACACGGCAGUAGAGCAUCCCGCUAAAAAGGCGAGGCGAAGGUGGUCGUGGCAUCCGCUGCGACACGACCCGGAGCCGGCGGCAACAAGCACCGCGAACGACCACGAACGGUCAUCACCGACUGGAAGCAAGCAGAAGAUUAUUACCGCGCAUAGGCGGGUGCAGUCUCUGGUGCCGUCUAUUAUUCACCGCCGCAGCGGUUCCGAGACGAGGAACUGCGCGUCUGCUGAGCCGCCUAAGCAGGGUGUCCCGGCACCCACCCAGCCCUCGCCCGAGAAGCCGGCGCGUCGUAAGCUAUCCUGGUUCCGGCACCGCUCGUUGCAUUCGGAGAGAGAUGCAUCACGUUGACCUGACAUGGCACUGUAGGCACCUUUUGCGGAGCUCAGGCCUAGUCGACUGCAGUAUUUAUGUCGUAUUUAUUGGUAAGAACCUGACAAGAAGAAAUGAAUCGUCCACCCCUCCCCCAACCCCCACAUUCGUUUAUAAUCUUAUCCCGUUUCGUUUCGUUCGCUUUUCUGUUACUUGUCUUGCUGUAAACGCAAGAAUUGCUCCUU